AGCUUCGCCGAGGUGAUGGCUUGCCAGAACAUGACGGACGGACAGCUCUACGCCUGCAAGACGCUCAAGAGACACUUCGGAAGCGUGGAUCAGGCCCUGGGAUUGACCGAGGUCCGGGCACUUCGUCGAAUCCGGCCGCACCUGAACGUCAUCCAGUUGCACGACAUCAUCUUCGACAAAAAGUCGGGCCGCCUGUGUUUAGUCUUCGAGCUUAUGGACCUCAACAUGUACGAAUUGCUCAAAGCUCGCCAGAAGCCAUUGCCAGAAUUCAGGGUCAAAAACUACAUGUACCAGCUACUGAGCUCCCUGCACCACAUACACAGGCACGGAAUCUUCCACAGAGACGUGAAACCGGAAAACUUGCUCAUCAGAGACAAUCUGCUGAAACUGGGCGAUUUCGGCAGCUGUCGCGGCAUCAACACAAAGAGACCCUACACCGAGUACAUCUCGACGAGGUGGUACCGCCCCCCUGAGUGCCUUCUGACCAGCGGUCACUACAGCUACAAGAUGGACAUGUGGGCAGCCGGCUGUGUCUUCUUCGAAGCUCUCACACAGUUUGAGGCGAUGGCUAUACGCAAAAUGAAUAGCUUCUGUGAUUGGCAACCAUCAGCAUAA